UGUCUUAACCAUUUGCCAAGCCUUUGGAGGAACAGUUCACACUCCCUUGUGUCUAUCUAGGCCAAUUUUGCCUAAAGACCUUGGUGCUGCAAACCAGUGAGGAUGGAGAAACAUUUUUUGUCUAUAGCACUGUUACCACUGCUCCCCACUCCACUCAAACAACACCAAAUCUAGUUACAAAUGCUCAUUUAAGUGACUUGUGAGGAAAAUGUCAAGAGGAGAUACCAAGAAUCCAUUUUAUCUCUCCACUAUUGAAAAUUUGUCAGUGGUGAUCCAUAGCUCUCCACUGAAAAUUUAGGCAACCUAGUAAAUAGUAGCAGUCAACCCAUGUAAAACAAGCUGAUCUCUCCAGUGCAAGAAUAAUGUUUACUCUCAUGGCUACUGAGUAAUAACAAGCUAAAACAUCAGAUUUUUUUCUCAGUCUUAUCAUAAAUACAUGAAAAAUUGCAUAUUAUAGUGCAUUUAAUGCAUUUAAUGUUUCCUAGUUUUGAUACUAAUAUCUGGGAAAGCUGAUAACCAGUCCACAGAAAACACCAUGCAAAGAAUGGAGUCAUCCCUGCUUCUCUGAAUAUAUCAGUUUGUAAUAAAUGACUUGUCCUGGCACAAGACAGGGAUUUUUUGGGAAAAAUAAUAUCCUGAGACAUUUGCAACUGCAGAUAUUUUUCUCUAGGGUGACAGAAAGUAUGAAGGUGGUCUUCUUCUGUACACAGGCUUUGAUGUGCAUAUGAGCUGGGUAGUGUAGUCUUCUGAUAUACUUGCAACUUCUUGAUGGAUUUCUGUAGCUUUUUAAGUGGCAUUCAGUGUUAACUGAUGGAUUUUAAUUCCUGAAUACAUUUUGUCUAUUUUUAAACAUUGUGAAAUCCAAUAAAUUUCAGAAAGGAUAACUUCCUUUCAAUGAGGCCACAAAAAGAUUUUUGAACGGCUGAUCUGUCGUAGUUGUUAAUUUUGGAGGUGGUACACAUAUGUAAUCUUAGCACAGCUUGAGAAGGCAAACUGUCCUAAUCAUUAGAUUUUUAUUUUUUGUUUUGUUUCAGGCUCUUACAGAAGAGAAGAGAGGAAAAAAAAAGAUGAGUAAUUUGAAAAAUUCAAACCUGCUGUGACACCUUUAGUGGGCAUGGUUGGCAAGACAGGGAAUUUGGACUGAAAAGAUGACUACUACUCUGCUAUAAGCCAAUUACUCUCCGGGAAAGAUGAAAACCUAUUGUUAAAAAAAAUAAGUCUUUUCCACAAGUUAAUUAAUAUUAUCAAAUCUAUUAUUAGGCAACAGAUACCAAACAAAAAUAUUAAUUCUGGUCUAAGAUGAUUGUUUACAAAACAAAUAGUUACUAGAAAAUUAUUAAAUCUGAGACUCCAACUCUUAAACAAAAGGCUUCAGCUAAAUUUAACACUUUUUUUUUACCUAUGUAUGACUUGUAUUUUAGUGAUAGCACUCUAUUUGCCUUGGAAUGCAAUGUGUUCAAUUCAGCAAGUCCAAGUAGAUUUCCAUCAAUACUACAUCCUCUACAAGCCGUAUGGGAAGUCACUGAAACGUGCUGACACACACUUAGCUAUGAAGUAAUUUUGUCUAAGAGCAGGUUAUUUCCUAAUUGUUCUCCACUUGUUUUUUGGGUCAUGUCUAUUGUGUGUCAUGUGGUAAAAAUCACAUUCCAUUCAGAGCUAGGAUGAGCCACGUGGCUUCCUUUUGCCUUCCAAGGGCAAGAAGAACUACUGACAGAAGUUUUUUUUAACUAACUUGUUUUGAAAUAUCUGUUGUUCCUCAAACAAUUGAAGUAAAAACUUCAUCUUGUAAAGCCCUACUCAAGGCUGAAAAGAUUACUGACUAGACUCUUGGUGAGCCACAAGAUGGUAUUAAGUAACAGCUGCCAUUUACGAAUGCUGCAAGAAGAAAAAAUGUACACUGCCUUCCUUCCCAGCAGCUGGCCAUGAAAUAUGGAUGCUGUGCUGAGACUGCUUCAUCAUUUCACUCUUUGUUCCCGGACUCUGAUCACAGACUAUCCUGAGCUGGAAGGAACACACAAGGAUCACUGAGCCCAAAUCUAAGGGAAUGGCCCAUAUGGGGAUAGAGUGUGGAUGUACAAAUGUUAAAGCUGAGAUAAAAGUUAUAGAAAUAACUUUUUAUCCUUAGGUUAUUUCUACAUAGUUAACAGGCUUCAGAACAUUUGCAUAGCAAUGUUAGGCAAUGUUUGUAGGACUCCCUUUUGUAUGUAUAUGGGGCUAACAGAAAGGGGAUGUAUGCACAUGCAUAGUUUUUGAUUUUUAGAUGGAUUUUCAUUCUUGUCUGAAAUCCCAUAUUAUACACAGUUGUCUGGGGAGGCAGUCUUAUUGCAACAGGACAAUUUGCAUAUUUCUCAUGCAUCAUGGGAAAGCUUGUCACUGUGGUGAUUAAUACCAGUAAGUAGUGCAGUAACAUGAAAAGAUGAGCACUGAACAUGCCCUUAGCUGACUGUACUUGCUGGAUAUCUGCCUUCAAAGUUGUAACCUCUGCAGUCAUCACCUGCCUGUAUUUCCUGUGUGUGCGUUUGGGUGUGCCCAUCCUGAUGGACUGCAGAAGGAACUUCAUAUUUACAAGGACAUUGUUAGCUAACCCAAAAAUACAAAUGUGCACGUAAAUGUUCUUGUUUGGAUAUAUGUAGCAUUUUAAAAUAAAAUAAGACUGACAACUAAUCUAUUAAAUCUCACACUCUCAGAAUUAAGGUAGUUAUACUCUUGUGGUUGUUACUCCAGAGUAGUUGUUGUUUUGAUAUUUUAGUGUGUUAGAUGUCUCUUACUUGUGAAAGUAGUUGAAUAUAUUUAAUUAUAAAUAAUUUUUAUUUAAGGCUGAUUACCAGAGCAAUUUAGAUGGGACCUUUGGACAUUGUCUAAUCCAGGCCUGCUCAAAAUGCACACAGUUAGGUUUGUGAGGGCUAUGUCAAGUAGAGUUUUAAAUAUCUUCAAGGGUGCUGAUUCCAAAACUUUUCUGGACACCUUUUUAUUGUUUCUAAGUGUUUGGGGUUUUCUUCUUUUUUUCCUUUCCCCUCGUCUUGUAUCUGGCUGACUUUCUCUUGUUUCCACUUAGGUCUGUUGCAUGCUGUGCUAUUGCUGUCCAUUUCCAUGGAGGGAAAAUGCCUUGCAUUAAGCAGUUAGUGAUGGCAACAAGAUCUCCCUUAAGUUUCCUGUUUCUCAGGCUGAACAUUCCCAACUCUCUCAGCUUCUCUUCAUAUGUCAGGUGCUCCAGCACCUCUGACCACCUCUGUGGCCUCCCUGUGGCUCAUCCCAGUGUGUCUGUGUUGAGUGACACUCCAGAUGGGGUCUCUCAAAUGUCAGACAGGAGGGAUUGUGUCCCUUUCCUUCCUCACUUUUGCUGCUCCAGCCUGGAUGCAUGGCUCAUGUUCCCCUACCAACACACCGAGGUCCUGCAGAGCUGCUUUCCCAUCAGAGAACCCAACUUUUACUGCUGCACCAGGCACUGUAUGAAGGGAGAGACUGAUGCUCACUUUACAGACUGAGGUCUGAGGCUAUCCCUAACAGCCAGACAUGUAUCAUGUGUUAAUAUAUUGCUGUUCAAAUGACAAGCAAUACAAUCAACGUAUGUGUAGAUGCAAACUUUGCUGAGUAACCACAGCAUCUGACAGGGGAGGCCAACUUUUGUAAACCAUGAUUUGUUAAGUUGAAAUGUUUCAAAUUGCUGUUCCCCCUUGUGCUCCCUGCUUAUUUAUUUCAGCUCUUUAGUGUCAGUUCUGUCCCUGACACCAUCCAAGGAAAGCUUGAAAGUUAUUGUCCUCUCUUGGGAAGAUCUGGUUCCCCUUUGUUUGAAAUGAGAAUUUGAAAUAGGAAAAGACCUCUGUUAAAAGUUAUUCACAUCCUGUCCUUCCUAGAUAAAGAAGAGCAUGUUGAAAAUGUGAAGAUGAAGUAGGAAGCUGGCUAGGUGAUGCACUUUGGAAACAAAGAGUAAAAGACAGGACUUGGGGAGAAUUAAAGAAAGUGCCAAAAAGUGCCUGAUUUUGCAGGACUCUGAAGUCAGGCUUAAAUAGAUGGCAUCCAUUUGUUAGGACAAAAGUGUGAACACUUUAGUUGUGGAGACAUAUCCCAGACAGGUACAGAGCAAUGCAGAGCUAAAGGAUGCUAAUGUUGACCACCUUAAACAUAAGUUUUGGUACAUAGAUACUAAUAAUUUAGAACUAAGUACUGGGGAGCAGGGAAAACCCAGGAUGAAGACUGUAAGUGCAACUGCAACUUGAUCCCUCUGUUCCACUUAUAACUAGAUCUACUGAAUCUGCUGGAUCACAGAGAUCGUGUGUGAUGCUGUCCAUGUCACUGGAGAGGAGCUCUUCACAAGUGGCCUUGAUCCAUGUGUUCAUUCCCUGAUGUCCAGCUGGUUCCUUCACGAUCUUACUCAGCAAAGUGCUCGAGGCUUGCAGCAGUGACUGCAGUCAGAAGGGGCUGACUUCUGAAGAUUCCAGGCAGGAUGAAAGAUCGUUUGAGUGAGCUGCGUGAAUUUGCCAGGUUGCAUAACCAACAGUUUUCUGAUAGUGAUGAUGAUGAAAAUUCACCCCAGGAUAUUCUCCUUUAUGAGACGGACUAUGCCUUGGAAAUCCUUCAUAAGGACAUACAGACCAUCCGGACAGAAAAUGACCACCUAAAAGCAGAUGUCAACCGCCUCAGAAAGCAAAAUACCCGCUUCCUUACUUCCAUGCGCCGUCUUAGUAGCAUCAAGCGAGAUACUAAUUGUAUUGCCAGAGACAUUAAGAGCCGUGGAGAAAGCAUUCACAGGAAACUGCAGAUAAUGAGAGAUUUCUGUGAAGAUGCAAUAACAAAAUACGGAGCUAUGUCUAUCAUUGCCAGGGUGGCGAAGAACCACUACGUUGACCUCAUGCACACAUUUCAGGACGCUAUGUUUGAUUACAAUGCAACAGAGAUGAACCAGCGGGAGAACUGCAAGAUUCGAAUUCAGCGUCAGCUGGAGAUCAUGGGCAAAGAGGUUUCUGGCCACCAGAUUGAGGAGAUGAUUGAGCAAGGCAAAUGGGAUGUCUUCUCCGAGAAUCUCUUGUCAGAUGUUAAGGGAGCUCGUGCAGCCUUGAAUGAGAUAGAGACGCGGCACAAGGAGCUGGUGAAGCUAGAAGGUCGCAUUAAAGAAGUUCACGAGCUCUUUCUGCAGGUGGCCCUCCUAGUGGAGGAACAGGCAGACACCUUUGAUGUUAUUGAGAUAAAUAUGCAAAAUGUUGAGGACUAUGUAGAAGAUGCUAAAGACCAAGUGAAAAGAGCUUUGGAAUACAGGAGAAAACAUCCCCUCAGAACAAUACUCUGCUGCUGCAUAUCAUGUUGCAGAAGGUGAUGGUCCUACUGGAGCUAUCAUGGACUGACUCGAAUGUCUUCAAAAUCAGGUGUUCUUUCCAGAGACUGUUCUGUAAUGACAAGCCCUAGAAAUAGGGGGGUAUUUUGCAGUUGGUUUUGUUCAUUGUCUUUUUACUAAAUGUGCUGAACACUGUUUCUAUUUAUGAACUCCUAGAAAUGUUGAUAAAACUAUUUUUAAUCUAAUUUUAAUUGAAAGGUUCUGUUACUGUAACUAGAGGUGCAAUAUCUUUACAAUGAUGCUCAUUUCAUAUAGGCAAGAAAGAAGUAUGAAUAACUUAUCGCAGGGAAGAUGAAUACUUUCAAAAAGUAACUUUAUUCUUAUUUGUUGAAGUGAGGCUGCAGGUGCUGAAGCCUUGUUGCCUGGGGCAACACAGCACACCACAGAAUCAGGAGGUUUUAGUUUGGAGGCUGCUUGAUACAAAUUUGACAAAAUACUGAGCAGGAGCAGGAACUUGAUUUUCAACUGUCAGUAAUCUUAACAGAAGCAGCAGCACCUUAAAUGAUAGUACCCACAUUUUGCUCUAUUUGUGUGCAAAUGACUGCUUUGUUUUCCAUUUUGAGUACCCAACUCUCUCAAGGUGGCUAAAAGCACUGCAACACUGAGGCAUCUCACUCACUUUUAACUUGAGCCACUCUCUGGACUCUCAGUUUCAAACCUGCUAUGCUUUCAUGUUCUGAUGCAUUUUUCUGCCAAUUAACACUUCAGCCAGAGGAGAAACAUGGAGUGGCCUUCUGCAGAAACACAUAUAAGAGGACAACAGUUAUGGGGUUGAGAAAACAUUUUAGGAUCUCCUGUACUGGCACAUACAUAGAGGCAGUUUUAGUGCCUAUCAGUACACUUUUAUUUUUUAUAAGCAUUGACCAAAUAUAGAUUUUUUUAUAUCUAUUUUAAAUAAGAUGAAGGAAUAAUUUUUUUUAUAUGCAAUUUUACUUGUGUACAAAGAUUUUUACUUUCUCCAAUUGUUGGGAAAUCUCCACCUGGGAAAGCAAACAGAACUAUUUCUUCAGUACAUCUGAAGAAGAAAGAAAACAGUUUCAUGCCAUUUCAGUGCUCUUUUCACGCUUAAAAGGAAACUCUCCUUUUGUUGGACUCUGCCCUUACACAAGGGCAAACCAGUGGGUUUGGAGUAUUGCAAGGAAAUAAAAAAUGUGCAGUCCUGGUAAGCACUGAGCAUUGUUAGUGGAACAUAUUCACAAAGGCUGGUGCUUGAUCACAGCUCCUGCUUCUGGAAGUUUGCCAACUGUAUUUCUAGGUGGCUUCCUACACUGUGAUCUAUUGAUAUCCUUUGAAAUAAUGCAGGACAUUUUUUCAGAAAUUAUUUUUUUUAACUGAUGGUCCUAUUUGUACCAAUUUUAAUAAAUAUAUUUCAACAUUUCAAAUGUUUUGUAUUUGUGAGUUUUCCCCAAAUGUGCAUAGAUGUACAUCUUCCUGCACCGGUUGCAGUGAAGCUUUUCCCUUCUUACCUUUUUCACCUUGAUUUUAUGUGUGAAAAAAAACCCAAACCCAGACAUUUCUUACUAUUUGUAUUAAUAUAACAAAACAAAUCCAACUUUAAAAUAAAGCCAACCUCCAAGUUUUUAUAUCUUACUGGAAAACAAUUUUAGCCAGACAGGCUUUUUUACACAAAUAGAAACUGAAGGGAUAACUCUUCUCAGAAAUUGAGUGUCCCUUUUGCUGUAGCACCUGUCUCUGAUAACAUGGAAGAGUGAGGAACACUGAUCUCCUAAACUUUAAGAUAUUUUGAUAUUCAGUAGUGUAUUUGGUAAUAUCAGUGUUAUGCUUGUCUGAGAUGCCUCCAGCGAGUUGUUCAAACUUGAAAUGGGAGAAAGGAGGGUGAUGAGCUGGGACCACAGCCACUGGCUUUGGUGCUACUCAAGGAGACAAGGUUGUUUACUCUGUAGGUACUGCCAUUAAGUCAGUGGAACUGUGCAUUUGUAGGGAAAUACCCUAAACCUCUGAGAGUCAGCAUGUGGGGAUAAAUCAAUGAAGAAUUAAAUACUGUAUUUCCUUUCACAUGCAUAUUCCUAGCACUUACCAAUGUUUUUGAUAAAAAUAUGUACUUUUUUUUUUGUGCUGGUUCCUUUUUUGCAUCUACAAAUUGAAUAAAAUAUUUAAUAAGAA